AUGCGAUUACAUGAUUAUCAAAUAAAACUACCAGUCGAUAACAAGAUCGUUGACAAUAUCGCCAAAAAUAACUCGGUUGCAUAGUAAGUUACCGCUUUUUAAAACUUUUUAACCAAAGUUAUCUAUAACACUGAUAAUCCCCAUUAAAAGCCCAUAAAUUUAAAUAACAUCCAAAAUAAUAAGUUCUUUGAUAGAUAAACUCUUGCCCUUGUUUUAGUGCCAUUAACUAUAAGAAAUCACAGCUGAAAGACCCAGUCGAUGCCUAUUUAUUUGUCAAAGACGAACUGCUCAAGGAAAAAACUUUACACACAGCUUUGAAAGACGAGUAUUCAGCACUAACACAACUCCGAAAAUUGGAAAACGUACGUUUUUGCUAACAAAGCAUAAGUUCACAUAUUAUUGUAGAAAAAUUAACCUAUUUCAAGGUCCAACAAGUUUUAAAAUAAAUAGGUUUUUUGUGGCGUUUCGUUCUCCUAACCAAUCAAUAAUUUUGAAUUUCAUCAACAAAUAUUUCCAAAAAAUAAAAAAACAGAAUUUCUGCAAAUUCGUACGAUCGUAUUUGCAGAUUGCCCCAAUCGAAGAGGAAGAUACGAUAAACGUGGUGAAGCAGAUAUUCAACUUACAAGCAACUUACCAUGUCUCCGUCACUUUCUUUACUGAUGGUUUUGUUGGUCCAAACUACUGUCUACGACCGCUGAGAACUUACUCUAUAUACCAAAUAGCGAUGGUUGCGUGCGGUUUGAAGCGACAUUACCAUUGCAUCGACUGGAUGAAUUUUGCAGAUGUCAAGAAUAAUAUCGACUGGGAUCCGCGAGUUUUGAGAGAGAAACAGCUAGAGGCGAUUGGAUUAUCAUUAAUGAUACAGGGAAAUAUGAAGAGAACUUGGUUGGUCAGUUUGGAGUUGAGUAGACGAUGGCCAAAGAAGGAGUUUGCUAAAAGUAAGUAUAUGUGAGGCAAACACUACUAUAAUAUGUGCGAAAACUAAUAUAAUUUGACUAUAUCUACUACAAUAUAACUUUUACAGAGAAUGUCGCUCAAUUGAAGCGAUUCUUGAAGCCAGAAGAAAUGAAAACGAUAGAUUAUGUUCCACCUCUUGUCAACCGUCUUUCUCCCGACUCUAAUUUGAACAAGCUUUGUCGCGAUGAAGUACCAUUUACUUUUUACCAAAACUCAUCAGCAGUUUGUUACUAUCAACAGAAUGGUUACCUAAACUACUUUAAAGUUGAACUUCUGAAUCUUGACCCUUAUGUCAGACUGUUCCAUAAUGUUGCUGGUCCAUCUACUACAAGAAGACUUAGAGAAUUGGCUUCAGACAAACUGGUACGAGGGCUAGUGAUGGAUCCAAAGACAGGUAUUUAUUUCUUAUGAAAACCUAUGUAUUUUAGUUUAUAUGUUGUUUUGAAACUGAGACUUGACUUUGUUUGUACUUUAUAACAAAAUGUUGUUGUUUAGGUACCAAGAAGACCACUUCACUGCGAUUGAGUCUGACAGCUGAUUUGAAAAAGUCGGAUGAUGAGAAUGUGAAAAAUACUGACAAAAUGAUUGGAAGAAUGACAGAAUUGGACAUGGAAGCAGCAGAGUCUCUGAAGGUGAUUCAGUACGGUGUUGGUGGAGUAUAUCAGCCUCACUAUGACUUUGAACCGGUAAGUGUUGUUUAUGGGGAGGUGAUAUUAGAAUAGAAAAAUAUAUGGGAGUUCGACGAAAUUAUUUUUAAAAGUAUAAGUUAUGGUAGACACAAAAGUUUUAUAAGGAAAUGAUAACUAUUUUGGACGUAUUAUAUACUUUCUUAAUAUAUAAUUGGAUGUACUUUCUUGUAAAUCUUAUAUUUUUAAAAUUUUUUUUGUCUUUAAGAAGCAUGAAAUUACACGUUUUACAAUGUAAAAGUACAUUUUCAGGACAAGAAAGCAAACGCCGUUCUCGGGAAUCGUAUUGCGACUACAUUACUAUACGUAAGGGAUGGAACUUAGUGUGAACUUGAGACAGUAUCCUUAUACAGAGUUGAAAAAAAUUUUUGGAAACGAGGCUAAGCUUCUGUUUACAUUCACAAAACAUACUACGAUUACAUUUUUGUAGAAAAUGACAUGAAAUUGAGGAUAAGGUUACUUUAAGGAAUUGAUAUUGACUACUUUUCACUAUUACAGCGUUUACUUUUUGUUGUUACUUAUAUUGCCUUAAAGGUAUUACUACCUUUAAUUUCAGUUGAACACUCCGUACAAAGGCGGUGCGACAGUAUUUACACAUUUGAAGCUACAUGUUCCCGCCAUUGAAGGCAACGCUUUAGUUUGGUACAAUACUCAUGAAGAUGGUACUGGCGACAUGAGGACACAACAUGCUGGGUGUUCGAUACUGAGUGGAGAGAAGUGGAUUGCUAACAAAUGGAUAUUCUAUGAUGGACAGCGAUUACAAUGUCGUGUAUAA